AUAACUGCAAUUUGGUUGCAGACAAGUGGUAUCCCAGUUUCAGAGAUUUGUGAACACCGGUUUUUGUUGUACAACAAGGAUGCUACACAGCACAUCUUUGAAGUAUCUGCUGUUGAUUCUCUUGUUCUUGGCGAAGGUCAAAUUCUUGCACAAGUUAAACAAGUUGUCAAAGUUGGGCAAGGUGUUGUUGGCUUCGGAAGGAAUGUUAGUGGGCUGUUCAAACAUGCAAUUACUGUUGGGAAACGGGUUAGAACAGAGACUAACAUUGCUGUUGGGGCCGUUUUUGUUAGCUCUGCAGCUGUUGAAUUGGCUUUGAUGAAGCUGCCUGAGUCUUCACAUGCUGUUGCUCGAAUGUUAGUUAUUGGAGCAGGAAAGAUGGGAAAACUUGUGAUCAAGCACUUGGUGGCAAAAGGUUGCACCAAGAUGGUUGUUGUUAAUAGAAGUGAGGAGAAACUCGCAGCAAUCCGUGAGGAGAUGAAAGGAAUCGAGAUUAUUUACAGACCCCUUACAGACAUGCUCGCUUGUUCAGCUGAAGCUGAUGUGAUCUUUACUAGUAUUGCAUCAGAAACUCCAUUGUUUUUGAAAGAACAUGUCAAGGACCUCCCCACUGUCAGCUCUGAAGUUAGUGGUUCAAGGCUCUUCGUUGAUAUCUCCGUUCCACGAAAUGUGGGAUCAUGUGUCUCAGAUGUUGAAGGCACACGACUGUACAAUGUCGAUGACCUGAAGGAGGUUGUAGCUGCUAAUAAAGAGGACCGACUACGAAAAGCAAUGGAAGCUCAGGCCAUUAUUGCUAAGGAAUCAAAACAGUUUGACGCGUGGAGGGAUUCACUUGAAACCGUUCCGACCAUCAAGAAGAUGAGACCCCAUGAAAAGAGAAUUCGAGCUACAGAGUUAGAGAAAUGCUUAUCAAAGAUGGGGGAAGAUAUCCCAAAGAAGUCAAGGAAGGUAGUGGAUGAUCACAGCCGUGGAAUUGUGAACAAACUUCUCCAUGGUCCAAUGCAGCACCUGAGAUGUGAUGGCAGUGACAGUCGAACUCUAAGUGAGACCCUUGAGAACAUGCAUGCACUUAACAGAAUGUUCGGCCUGGAGACAGAUAUAUCUCUUCUAGAACAGAAAAUUCGAGCCAAGGUGGAACAAAGACAAAAGUAAGUGUCGAUGUAGAAUAUC